AGAUACCGUCAUGGCGGACGUUGUCGGUUUACGAGUUAGUUGUAAAGCAGGAGGAAUUCUGACGUUAAGAAUUACUAAUCUCACGCUGGAACACAAGGAUUCGGCCAUCAUGUAAACUUCACCCCUCAAUAUAACAAUACUUAAGAUAUUUUAAUAGUUAAUUACUGUUAGAAGAGAGUAAAGCAUGUCUCUCUUAUGUGUAACUGUGAGGAGUGCAAAGUAUAAGGGUACAAUAGAUUUUUUAAUAGGCCAAUUCAAUACAUAUGUCACAUUAAAACUGCAAAAUGUAAAAUCAACUACAGUUACUGUGAAAGGAAAUAAUCCGAGUUGGGAGCAAGAUUUCAUUUUUGAAACCAAUAGAAUGGAUACGGGGCUCAUUAUAGAAGUAUGGAAUAAAGGAAUGCUAUGGGAUAAAUUAUUAGGUACUCAGUGGCUACCACUGAGACUUAUUCAAUUUUCAAAUGAGGUGGGAGAAGGGGAGUGGUUAUCCUUAGAUGCUGAGUUAGUCAUGGCAAAUGGAGAAGUGGUUGGGACCAAAAUACCUACUGGCCACAGCAUUCUUAUUGAAGCUCAUUUUGAACUCCCAUAUGGUAUGUUUACUAUAUUUUAA